AUGAAUUAUACCGAGUCCAGCCCAUUGACAGAAUCAACUGCAAUAGAUUUUACACCUGAGUUAGAAAGUAUCAUACCUGUGCCUUCCAAUGAGACCACAUGUCAAAACUGGAGAGAGAUACAUCACCUAGUUUUUCAUGUAGCAAAUAUUUUUUUCACAAUUGGGUUGGUUAUUCCAACUACUCUUCACCUUCAUAUGAUACUCCUUAGGGGAAUGUUAACUAUAGGAUGCACCUUUUAUAUUGUCUGGGCCACUCUCUACCGAUGUGCCUUGGAUAUCAUGAUCUGGAACUCUGUGUUCCUGGGUGUCAACAUUUUGCAUCUGUCAUAUCUUUUGUACAAGAAAAGACCGGUAAAGAUUGAGAAGGAGCUCAGUGGCAUCUACCGCCGAUUGUUUGAACCACUCCGUGUGCCUCCAGAUCUGUUCAGAAGAUUAACCGGCCAGUUUUGUAUGAUCCAAACCUUAAAAAGGGGCCAGACGUAUGCUGCAGAGGAUAAAACCUCAGUUGACGACCGUCUGAGUAUCCUCCUGAAGGGGAAAAUGAAGGUUUCCUAUCGAGGACAUUUUCUGCAUAACAUUUACCCCUGUGCCUUUAUAGAUUCUCCUGAAUUUAGAUCAACUCAGAUGCACAAAGGUGAAAAAUUCCAGGUCACCAUCAUUGCAGAUGAUAACUGCAGAUUUUUAUGCUGGUCAAGAGAAAGAUUAACUUACUUUCUGGAAUCAGAACCAUUUCUAUAUGAAAUAUUCAGGUAUCUUAUAGGAAAAGACAUUACAAAUAAGCUCUACUCAUUGAAUGAUCCCACCUUAAAUGAUAAAAAGGCCAAAAAGUUGGAACACCAGCUCAGCCUGUGCACACAGAUCUCCAUGCUGGAAAUGAGGAACAGUAUCGCCAGCUCCAGUGACAGUGAUGAUGGUUUACACCAGUUUCUUCGGGGCACCUCCAGCAUGUCCUCUCUCCAUGUGCCAUCCCCACACCAGCGGGGCUCCACCAAGAUGAAACCAAUCGAAGAAGGGGUGGAAGAUGACGAUGAGGUCUUUGAGCCUGUGUCUCCAAACGCACUGAAAGUCCAUCAGUUGCCUUGA